AUGAUCAACGUUAUGAACUUCUUCAGAAUCUUUUUUCUCGUUACGAGUCUCAUCGCGAACGCAUUGUGGGUCGUCGCGUUGAUCGCGCAGGGAUUGACGACAGCGAAAUUUGGACAUAGCUCAGUCGGAACUCUCUGGUUCGCCAUCGGUCUACAGCUAUUGGUCAACGUUGGCGGUCUCUGCACCCUUUUGAACCGGUCAGCAGACUUGUACAGAUCUCAAUUGUCGCACUUUGCGGUUCUCGCGGUUGUGUUUGCAGCUAUUGGGAUUGACGCGAACAUUUAUGCAGAGCAGGCGGUUCGACAACUAGUUGGUGCUUCUUGGCUGAUUCUCUUGGUGGUGGAUAUACUUUGGAUCGGUUACUUCUCUGCUGAUCCUCAGUCGCGGGUAUGGAAGGUCUUUCAUCCCGAACCAACAGUCAUUCCGGUCGCCACACACUCCAACUCUCCACCAACUUCCAUCGCUGACCUUGAUUUAUCGUCCAGAAAGUCACACUCGGCUGUAUCUCAGACUCUCAAUACGCAACAACGAGAUGGCACUGAAACCACCCAUACUGUUACCUCUCGGCCAAUCACUGAUGACAGUGGCCUAAGCUCGGAGGUUUGGUUCUCGCACAAAGCGAGAGCGUGUUAUGAUUAUUCCGCGUCAACCUCUAGUGCACCGAACGAGUUCAAUUUUCAGCAAGUCAGCUUCAAGAAGGGGGAUAUUCUUGAUGUUUCGAGGAUUGUGGACAAGAAGUGGUGGCCUGCCAGGACGCAAGACGGUAAACAAGGAAUUGCGCCCUCAAAUUAUCUCCAAAUCAUCACUGAAUCUUCUACUGAAUGA